GUGGCUGCCCAGGUAUAUAUAUAAAGGUGCGGCGCCGGCGGGACACAUACACACGCACACGCCAGCCGCCAACAUGAAGGCUUUCGUCAUCCUGUCGUGUGCGGCCACCGUGGCCUUGGCUCAGUUCGGCGGAGGACAACUCAAGGAGUUGACACACUUCCAGGCCAUCACUGAGCCCCACCUUCCCCGGGACCCCAAUGUGCUCCUGGCCACCCAGAACUUCCUUUCUCAGUUCGCUGAAUUGAAGGCGCUCGCCGAUGCCGCCCCCGACCCAAUCCCCCAGCCCAACAGGAGGCCCACCUUCACCCCCGUCCAUCACUCUGUCCCCGUCCACCACUCCCCCGCUUCAGUCCACCACUCCCCCGCUCCCGUCCACCACUCCCCUCACCGCUUUGCACCCCAGCCAGCUCCCACUGCCGCCCCUGCUCCCCCCCCUACCCAUCAUCACCGCCCUGCACAAUUCGAUGUUCACGGAGAGAUUCGUUCCCUCCUGAACAGCCAACCACGCUUCACUCCCUCCUUCGCCCCCGCCCACCACGCCCCCCAGCCCACCGCCGCUCCUGCCCCUCCUCCCCCUCCUCCCACCUUCGCCCCCGCCCAGCACCACCCAGUCAGGUUCCCCAGCUUCUCGGUUCUGAGCAACGUCGGGGGUUCUAGCCGCCAGACCUUCAACACCGCCAGCGGCUUGAGUGCCGGCCAGUUCACCCCUGAGGUGUUGGCCGCCCAGAAACACCUGGCCGCCGCCCACGAGAACAUCCUGAGGCAGCAGGCCGCCCUCACCCCGCGACACCACUUCUAGAAGCAGUCCGCCCCGACCCGUCCAGACCCUCCCCGUCUCGCCCUUCCACGCCCUCACGUCCAGGAGUUACCAAGGUCCCUCGCAACCACGGGAGGGCACGGCGAGACAUCAGCACGCCCGCAAGGGUGGCCACGCCUCGUGAACGUUCACGAUCCUUCUCUGCCGUUGUAAGGCAGACCGAGGCACGGCUGUACAUAUGUCUGUGUAUAAAUACAUUUUCUACAAAAAAUAA